AUGUCAUCACAUUCAAAACGGGCGGUCUGGGACGCUGUUUACUGAAAAAGUCUCUAUAGGUUUCGCUCUUUUAGUACGUAGCUAGCAAGAUCGCACAGAUGUUUUUUACAGUCUUGCUUGUUAUUGGUGUGAUCGUUCAUACCCAAGCAGCCCCACCCAAAUGGAUCGACUUGUCGCACCCUUUUGCUGAAAAUGAAACCAUUUACUGGCCUGGACAAAAACUCUUCCAUCACGAAUUGGUGUUUCGAGGGCUUUAUACUGCAAACACUUUUGUCUUGUACUACAAAUACGGUGCUGRGGAGCAUGGAGGUACCCACAUGGAUGCCCSGAACCAUUUUAUWGAAAACGGUAUCUCACUGGAGAAGAUCAAGAUUGAGGACGUCAUAGGAGRUGGGAUUGUUGUCAAUAUUUCAGCAAAGGUACAAAAGAAUCCAAAUGCCGAGCUUGAAGUCAGCGAUUWAGAAGACUGGGAGAAGAAACAUGGGAAAAUUCCAGAYAACCCAGUGGUGUUCAUGUAURCUGGUCGAGGAAAAUUUUGGCCAGAUGCCGCUAAGUACUUCGGAGCGACCGAUCCAAAGAAUACAUCUACUUUUAACUUCCCAGGACUCCAUGCCAAAGCUGCCAAAUGGUUGCUUGAUAAUAGGAAGAUCAAGCUCUUUGGCUUAGACACUCCUUCCUUUGACCACGGCAAAAGUGUGGGUUAUCCAACUCACAAGGUCUUGCUAGGAGCCGGAGUUCCUGGAAUAGAGAACGUCGCUAAUCUACACCGUCUUCCUCCAAGAGGGUUUGAAGUGUUUGCUGCGCCUAUGAAGAUCAAAGGUGGUAGUGGCGGCCCUUGUCGAGUGUUUGCAAGGAUUGCAGAUAAGAUGGAUGUCAAUGCAGCGACGCAUGCUCAUCUGUCGUCUUCUCUUGUUGUUAUGGUAAUGACAAUUGCUUUGUUGUAUUGAUAACAUAAAACAAGAACCAAUAAAAGGCUUUGAGAGUGG